UUCAGCACGAGUUGGCAACUCUGCUUUGAUCACAGCGGUCACGGGCCAAUCACUAGUCACUACCAAACCAGUUCUCGAGCUACCAUCACGAGGGCAGGAUGAAGUUGGUGGUGGCAGGACUGGUGCUGGUGGUGGUGGUGGCUGUGGCAGGGGAUUACGCUCUGUCGGACAAGUUCAUCAGACUGCUGCAAAGUGAAGAAUCAACAUGGAAGGCUGGCCGAAACUUCAACAAAAACCUGCCAAUGAGGUAUAUUCGUCGGCUAAUGGGAGUUCACCCAGAUUCAAAGUACCAUAUGCCUAGGGUCCAUCGUCAUGAAAUACCUGAGAACUUUGAACUUCCCAAUGAGUUUGACUCUCGCACUGCUUGGUCCAUGUGUCCUACCAUUGGAGAAAUUCGUGACCAGGGUUCCUGUGGAUCAUGUUGGGCCUUUGGAGCAGUCGAGUCAAUGAGUGACCGGGUAUGCAUUCACAGCAAGGGUAAAGAAAAUUUCCACUUCUCAGCAGAGGACCUUGUCUCUUGUUGCCACAUUUGUGGAUUUGGUUGUGAAGGUGGCUUCCCAGGAGCAGCUUUCAAAUAUUGGGUAACUAGUGGUAUUGUAUCGGGUGGUUCCUUUAACAGCACCCAGGGAUGCCAGCCAUAUGAGAUAGCCCCAUGUGAACAUCAUGUGAAAGGUUCCCGUCCCAAGUGCUCUGAGGGUGGCACAACUCCCAAGUGUGUCAGGCAGUGCGAGUCUUCAUACACUGUUGAUUAUGAGAGUGACUUGCACCAUGGCAGUAAGGCCUAUGCCAUCAGUAAGGAUGUUGAGCAAAUUCAGUAUGAAAUCAUGACCAAUGGACCUGUUGAAGGUGCUUUCACCGUGUAUGUGGACUUCCUUCACUACAAGUCUGGAGUUUACCAGCACCGUCAUGGUUUACCUCUUGGUGGUCAUGCAAUCCGUGUUCUGGGCUGGGGGGAGGAAAAUGGCACUUCAUACUGGCUUUGUGCCAACUCCUGGAACACAGAUUGGGGUGAUAAUGGUCUGUUCAAGAUCCUUAGAGGUUCUGAUCAUUGUGGCAUUGAGAGUGAGAUUGCAGCAGGCUUGCCUAAAGUACAAUAAGGUAAAGAUCCUUACAUUCUUGUCAUUACCUAUGGCAAAUUUGGUCUUUAGUGAGCAUCAGUCAUAGAGAAUUUAAAUAAUUAAUUUUUAACAUGUCUAUAAUAAAUUAGGAGACAAUGACAAUGUGUACAAUUUGAAAAUGCUGAAAUAUUGCUUUUUUUUUGUUUGAUAGACCUUUUGUAGUUUGUAUGUUAAUGAACAGAUACAUAUUGUUAUAGCAAGUGGCAGGGCAGGAAAAACUUAUAAUUCGUCACAAAACUCAUUUGAAUGUUUUUUAUAUGAAUACAGUAAUGAAGAUUUUUUGCGAUACAUAUUACAUUCCGUAAUUACGUAGUAAUAAUUUUUAUCUAUAAUGUAGUUACAUAGUUUGCAUUGUUAUGUAAAGUUCAGUACUUUCCUAUAAAUAUCAGAAAUGUUAUACUGUAUUGCUAUGUAUUCUAUUACAAUAAACAGUUUAAAAAUAA